AUGUCCCAGAAAGGCGGCAAGGGUGCCGCAGCCAAGGGCAAGAAGCCCGGUGGCAAGGCUGGAGCAGACGACAAGCGCGAAGAUGCCCUCCAGGCAGUUGUUCUCGCAGACUACUUCCAGGACAGAUUCGUCCCCUUCACACAUGAGAAGCCGAGAUGCCUCCUGCCACUGGCCAACACCCCCCUGAUUGAGUAUACACUCGAGUUCCUGGACAUGAACGGGGUGGAGGAUGUCAUCAUCUACACCGGAAACCACACCGACCAGAUCGAGAGCUACAUCAACGAACACCCCCGGUGGAGCCCCGCCAGCAAGAUGAACCCCUUCGCCUCCCUCGAGUUCAUACGGGUCUCGGAUGCCAGCUCCGUCGGCGACUUCCUCCGCGACCUCGACGGCCGAGGCCUGGUCUCGGGCGACUUCAUCCUGGUCCACGGCGACUGUGUUGCCAACAUCCAGCUGGAUGCCGCCCUCGCUGCGCACAAGGCCAGGCGCGAGGCGAACCGGGACAACAUCAUGACCGUCGUGCUCAGAGAUGGCGGCCUGAGCCCGCACCGCACCAAGCCCAAGCCCUUCACCCCCAUCUUUGCCAUCGAGUCCGGCACGAACCGGUGUCUGCAUUACGAGGAGAUGAACCCCUUGCAGAGCGACCAUUACGCCAUCCUGGACCCCGCAAUCUUCGAGCACGACGCAUUUGAGAUCAGGACCGACCUGAUCGACCCCGGCAUCGAUAUCUGCACGCCGGACGUGCUCGCCUUGUGGUCAGAGAGCUUUGACUACGAGCUGCCCCGGAAGAACUUCCUGCACGGUGUCCUGAAGGACUGGGAGCUCAAUGGCAAACAGAUAUUUGCACACGUCGUGGACGAGGGCUACGCCGCAAGGGCCAACAGCCUACAGAUGUACGACUCCAUCACGCGGGAUGUUCUUGGCGGCUGGACAUUCCCCUUUGUGCCAGACUCAAACCUGGUGUCGGGCCACUCAUAUGUCAGGACCGCAGGAGGCGUAUGCCGGGAGAAGGGGGUCAAGCUCGAGUCGGACACAUUCGCCUCGAAGUCGGUGUUUGGCAGCAGGGUCACUGUGUCCAGUGGCAGCAAGGUGACCAACAGCGUCAUCGGGAGGCGGUGCUUCAUCGGCAAGAAUGUCACCAUCGAGGACAGCUACAUAUGGGACGAUGCAACCAUCGAGGACGGCACGACUGUGACGCGUUCAAUGAUCGGCGAAUCGGUCACUGUGGGCAAAAAUUGCAGCAUCGGCGCAGGUUCGAUAAUAUCGAACGGCGUCAUCAUCGGUGAUGACAUCUCGGUUGCACCAUCAACAGUCUUGUCGGUCCUCACACAUGAGAAGAAGCCCGUAAAGAACGACACCAAGCUGCUCGGGCCAAAGGGCAAGGGCGCGGUCUACGUGUACGAGGACGAGGACGAGGACGAGGACGACAGCGACCCGUCGGACCCGUCACAGCUCCAACGACCCCUCAUCUACUCGACCGAAAAGUUCAACAUCUCCACGUCAUCCGUCUCCACGCUCUCCUCAGAAAUCGAUUCAGACUCGGAAGACGACGAGCCGGCCGCCGCCGCAGACCCAAUCCAACGGCAACGCCUCUCCUCCUUUGCCUCUGACGACUCGGGGUCCGGCCAGAGCAAGGCAGCCUUCCACAAGGAGGCUGUCAACGGGCUCCUCGACGCUCUCCGGGGCGAAGAGAACGACUUCGACGGCGCAAAACUCGAGUUUAUGGGCCUGCGUCUCAGCCAGGACGCGUCCGAUACAUCGGUACGGCGGGCGGUGGCCUCGGCGUUCGUGCGGCGGGCCGCGGAGCUCCUGAAGCCCGGCCACGGCGGGCCCCUGGAGCCCUCCAAGGCGGCGGAGCAGGCCGUCGCCUCUAAGACGGGCACGGCCAAGUUCCUGCGCGAGGUGGGCGUCGGCAGCGGCAGCGUGGACGAGCAGGUCGAGUUCGUCCUGGCGCUCCAGAAGGCGCUCGUGGGUCACGGCGAGCUCGAGACCCUGCGCGCGGGCACCCUGCUCGCCGCGAUGCUCCAGCAGAUGUACAACGAGGACGUCGUCGAGGAGGACGGCAUCCUGGCCUGGUGGGCCGACAGCCGUGCUGCCGAGGGCGAGAGCAUGGGUGUUGUACGAGGCAGGUGCAAGGUGCUUGUUGACUGGCUGGAGGAGGCGGACAGCGACGACGACGAUGAUGAUGAUGACGACGAGGACGAGGACAGCGACUAG